UGACGAAGUCAAUCGGUAAGCUUCAAACAUGGCGUCAUUUGCUUAGCCUGGUUCUCUCUUCAACGUUUUCCACAACGUAUAGAUGGUGAUCAAACUAUUUUUUAUGCUUCUUCUUCCAUUUCUGCUACUUGAUUAUUGCAUCCGCCAUUUCCAUUUCUUCUGCAACUCAUUCUCUGUUCGGACUAUAAUCCGAUUCGCACCAAAUGGACGAAAUUAAGGCUCUGACUGAAAGUUUAGGGUUGAAAUCAUCACGGAAAGGACUUCCAAUGGCGGCUUCUAGGGCGCGCGAUAAUGAAAAUGCUUCGAAGUUUCAGAAUCACAGGUUCAGUUCGGAGUUGGAUUUGGAUCUUGAAUCUUUACAUGAUCCAACUCGAUCUUCGUCUUCAUUUGGAAUUGACGAGGCGGAGUGGUUCUCGAAGGAAAUCGACGAUUUCUUUCGAUCAUUUGAGUCUAAAUCGGAGCGGGAAGCUACGAUCGGGGGAUUUUGCGACGAUGAUUUGGAUGGAGCGAAGAUGGAUUGGGCCUGUUGCGAAGAGUUGAUACCGGGCUUUGAUGGAAGUUCAAGGCCUAAUAUCCGUGAGAACCAACAACAUCAAACUGAUGACUCCAGCUUGAAGUUUGAAUCCUGUCCAUUGUUUUCUGAACCAAUUACUGCCGAGCUCAACAGUUCAUCAGAAGCUUAUUCUCAGGCUAAUGUAGAGGAAACAGUGGAGUUUGUAGAUGCUGAAAUAAAUCGUUGGGCCUCAGGGAAACAGAGCAAUCUUCGUGCUUUGCUCUCCACCUUGCAUCAUCAGAUACUUGGAGGUGAAUAUGGUUGGAAGCCAGUUUUAAUGGCAGAUUUGGUAUCAUCUUCUUCAGUAAACAAAUUUUAUAAGAAGGCAAUGCUAUGUGUUCAUCCUGAUAAGGUUCAACAAAAAGCUGCCAAAUUUCAACACAUAUACACUGCACAAAAAGCUUUUUUCAUUCUCAAGGAAGCUCAGAACAAAUUCAGAAGGGAGGAGGAACUUGCAUAGACCAAAGCUCCAUUAGCAAAUGGUAAAAAUAGUCAAUGAGUUUACCUUGUAUGGCAACCUCUAAAAUGGUAAGUUUUACUUUGUUUCUCUUAUUUCAAGUAUUCUUUAAAAGCAAAUGAACUCAUUACCUUUUAUUUGGUUGCUUUACUUGCUUGUAAAUGUUCUGUUGGGGAUAAUUUGAAGUAUAUUUUGAGAAGAAAAAAAGUGGGGUUUUAAUCAAAUUUGUCUUUAAUAUUUAUGAGACAGUGAAAACAUGUCACAAAAGUUCUUGGUCCAGGAAAUGUCGGAAAAAGUCAAAAGGAAAACAAACAGACGAGUCACAGGAAAUGGUAGUUUUUUUUCAAA